AUGCGACUGGGCUGGAGCCACAGAUUACCACAGCAGAUAUUGAAAUGCCAAUAUUGAUCCUGGGGGGGAUACAGCCUAUCCCUUGCUCCUCUGGCUCAUGAAGCUGUACACUGGUCACCUUGGCAGCAUCAAGGACAGAUUCAACUACCAUCUCAACAGACCUUGUGAAGUUAUCAGGACUUAUGUUAGCAUCAGUGUGUGCUUGGUAUUUGGGAUACCUGUUUGCAGAUAUCGUACCUGAAGAUUCGCUAUCAUCAGCUAUCGAAAAUCUUCAGAGUAUUGGAGAGAAACCAGUACUUAAGGCGCCACCCCCCAAAAGACAGAAAUGUGACCAUUGGUCUCCGUGCUCACCUGGGAGCUAUGCUUAUCGAUUACUCAGUGGUGGUGGCAAGGAAAAGUUUGCCAAGAUUUGUUUUGAAGAUGAGCUGCUCAUAAGUGAACAGAAGGGUAAUGUUGGAAGAGGUAUAAACAUUGCCAUCGUGAAUUAUAAAACAGGAAAAGUUAUAUCUACAGAGUUUUUUGACAUGUGGGAAGGAGACUUCUCGGGACCCAUGACUACUUUCAUUAAAAAUGCACCUCAAGGGUCACUUCUCUUGAUGGUGACCCAUGAUGAUGGAAGCAGCAGAUUAAACGAUGGUGCAAAAAAAGCAAUAGCAGAACUUGGCAGUAAAGAAAUAUGGAACAUGAAGUUCAGGUCAAGCUGGGCCUUUAUAGCUGCCAAAGGUUUCACUCUACCAGAUGACAUUCAAAAAGAAAAGAUCAACCAUUCUGACAAUAGCAAGAACAGAUAUAAUGGCUGGCCAGCUGAAAUCCAGAUAGAAGGUUGUAUCCCAGUAAACCUGAUCUGAUCUUACAUUUUGCUAAUAAAGUCAUAUAAAUUAUUUUUAUAUAUGGUUGCAGUCAUAAAACCAAUAAGCAU